AUGGGCAACAAGCAAACCACGUUUACGGAUGAACAGUUCGAGGCGUACCAGGACUGCACUUUCUUCACCCGAAAAGAGAUCCUACAGUUACAUGGGCGAUACCGCGAGCUGGCCCCGCAUUUAGUGCCCCUUGAUUACACCAACAACCCGGACAUCAAACUCCCCUUGACGCUAAUCGUCACCAUGCCAGAACUAAAGGAAAAUCCGUUCAGAGACAGAAUAGUGGAGACAUUUUCGGAGGACAGCCAAGGGAGCCUGAGUUUCAAUGACUUUGUGGACAUGUUUUCUACACUCUGCGAAACAUCCCCGAGAGAGCUCAAGACGCUAUAUGCCUUCAAGAUAUAUGACUUUAACAAGGAUAACUUCAUAUGUAAGGAGGACCUGCAGAAGACCCUGAACAAACUGACCAAAGGGGAGUUAACCCCGGAGGAGGUCACCCUGGUGUGUGACAAGGUGAUCGAAGAGGCAGACCUGGAUGGAGACAACAAGCUCUCCUUUUCUGACUUUGAGAACAUGAUCUCCAAAGCGCCAGACUUCCUGAGCACCUUCCAUGUGAGAAUCUGAGAAUCCUCCCUGAUGCUGAC